AAUCAGGGCGCAGCGCUGUAGCAAAGUGCAGGCCCAAAAGAGGAAGAGCAGAGAUCUUUUGUUUUCCUCAGAGUUUAAUGAAGUUGGCCUGGUCACUCAAGAAGGGAUUAAAGGAGAAUUUGGUGUCACUGAGCUGUGACUGCUGAAGAGGGCACUCAAGUGUUCGGGUCACUGUGUGAACACGAUGGUCUCAGUCCAGAGCUGCACCAGGAGGAAUAUGGCUGGCUCACCCCCUGCUUUGCCAGGCUUCGGGAACUCAGGAAAGAGUUUUCUUAUUGACAAUCUGCUGCAGCCUCACACACCUCCAGCGAGUCAAGAGGAGACAACAGGUGGACACCUGAGACUAGCAAUUUGUGAACGACAAAGGAAAAGCUGGGGCUCUGAACAUGAAGCCUCCCAAAGCCAAGCCCACAGUCCUCAAUCGGUGAAAGAUUUAGGUGGACCAUUUCUACCACACCCAGGUAAAUAGAAUUUAUUUAUUGUGCAAGGAUGCUUUAAAAAAUGACACAUCUAAAUUAUGUUUACCAAGGUUGUGUAUCAAAGUUACUCUAGGAGUUGUUGGUUUUAUUUUCAUGCCUCUAAUAACGGUAUUUUUCUUUCUGACCUGUUGUAUCAUAAAAAAAAGAUAAUAUUGUUUACUCUUUCAAGUGUUUAAGAAUUUCCAUUUUUAGACAGGAUAUUUGUAAAAAAAUACAAUUAAAAUAAUUACAUUCAAAUAUUAAAUUUAAGUGACUGUGGGUAUUUUUAAAGGCUUAAAAUCUGCAGAUUAUAAUUUUAAUAAAGUCUGGACUAAUUUGAUCCAAAACACUUCCAGGCCAUUGAAAUUUGGGGCUUGGCUUUUACGAGAUGUCUGACAAAAUAUUCAUUCAACUGGUCUCGCUAAGAAAAUCUUUAAGGCUUCCUUAACAAAUUGUGAGCUUAAAUUUAUACAAUUUCUCGCAGUAAAAACGAGGCUUUCAAGUUUUAAAAUAAUCUGUUGAUUCAUGAAAAUGUAAAAACUAUGGAAUAUUAUUAGGACAAAAAAAAUUACCUCAGAGAAAUCUAAUAUGUCUUACUCAUCCAUUGCAUCUGGUUGUGGUAAGACAUUUCAAAAUGCAACACAUGUUUUGUAAACCAAAUUCAAAUAAUUUCUCACCAAAUGCAAGAAAAUUUUGAUUUUUAUGUUCAUAAAAGACAUAAUUUGUUUCCAGCAGACUAACAGUCCAGCUUUUAUAAGAGAGGCCCACUUUUCCCAUCAAUUUUAGCUGAAACAUUAAAAUAUUGAAUCAAAAUAGUUUUGACAUACUUUUCGAAACUUAACUCUGUUAAACUGCACAGACAAUAUAUUCCUGCAUGACCCAGUGCACGUUUUGUGUGUUAUAAAAUCUCCAUCACUUAUGUUAAAAAAUCAAACUGCACUGCACAAAGUAGAACCACACAUAGACAGUGAUCCAGAUAUAGUCCUUUGCCUAAUAUACCUGUCUCACCUGGUUACUACACAAACCUAUUUACUGUUCCUAUCUAUCUGUGCAGGUAUACUGAGCAGUGUUUUCCUGCGGAGCCCACAAUAUCUGUUGGCAUGCUGCGGUGGGUCCAGCCCCCCUCCUGUCUUCUCCAGUGAGUGUUUUAUGCCUCAUCAGCAAUGCCUCAGCUCCUCUCUAAGCAUUAGCAGCAGGGUCUCUCAUGCUCUCCACAGCUAAUUACUGAUGCAAUGCCAAAGAGCUAAUUCUCUGCUCAACUCUGCACAGCUCUAUUCAUAACCAUUCACGGCUGUUUAGGAUGGGGAAGAGGGGUGGGUUGCAAGGCUUUUAAGAGUCCCUGGGGCCCCCCUAUUUUGUACUUGCAAAUGCACACUUUUACUAGCGCAAAUAUGCAAAGCCAAUAAACAUCUUGUCUUCUGUCAUAUUGGGACUAUGAUAACCAGGUGUGGAUUCCUCCUGUUUAAUAAGGCCAAAGCUUCAUAAUUUAAAACGACUGUGAAUCACAAAUGCUUGAAAUUAAUUAUUUUAUUAAUUGGAGUUUGAAAUCAAUCAGGAAACCUUUAAUUGCACCUAAUUAUAUUUAUUUCCCCCUGAAUUACUCUUGAAAUGUUUCAAUUCAUGUAAUUCAAAACUUAAUGAAAGCCACAAGCACGUUAUUGGACCCCUUGGUGUUCAAACUGAACACUAGCAGCUGUUAUUCUUUGGCUUUGUCUCACAGCAAUUGGAAGUUAUUAGUUGCAGCAACCUGAGAUGCCUGUCAAAUGUUGUAGAAAGUAGCACAAAUCAGAAAGCCCUCAUCCCACAGGUCUCUAGAGUCCUCUUAGUGGGCUGACACUUUCCCACAGUGCCCAGCAACGCAACAAUGCCAAGUCUGGCCGUGACCAAUUGGCACUUUAACUCCACCAUCCACACGCGACCUCACUGCAAUUUUUCACUGCGGCGAUGAACUCCGGUUAGCACAAAAAACUUGCCCAUUUCUCCAUAGAAGAGGGUUGGACCAGGAACAUCCCCCAGCCAUUGUAUAGCUAAAGAGCUUGGUCCACCGACCCCCCUCUUUUCUCCUGUCCUUCAACUCUCAUUCCUGCCCAUUGGAGAUUUCUUGACUAGGACAUAAAGCAUUCAAUGAAAGUGACUUUUAUAGACUUAUUUGAGCUCAUCUUCACAUACAAACUGGCUUCAUACCUGCAAGUGAAAAGAUUUAGUGUUGGACCACUGAGCCAUCGAGUAAUGGCAUUUCCAUUGAACGACUCUAUUGUUGGUGUCCCACAGGGCUCGAUAGUUGUCCCACUAGGGUUGACACACACGAUGCCCGGGAAUGACCUGGUAAUCAGCUAUUUAAGUAAAAGCCAUUGAGUCCCAAUAGAGAAGUGAGAAGCAUGUCCAAACCGGUUAUGUGCUCCCUGGAGGUGGUCUAUGUGCAGAUUUGUCGUACAGAUUAAAAAGGCAACAUUGAAUGGAUUGGAUAAAUUGUUCCACUUGACUUUUGUUGUGCGUGCACCUGUGAGUGAAGUAGCGUGGGAUUGCUCCUCACAGUUCAUCAAAUCCCAUUUUCUCAGCUGAAGAGGCUUUCUAUUCUCUUUAGUCACCCCCAGUUUGUUAAAUUGGACAAAUGGAAAAAAAAAAGAAAUCAAAAGUAAAUGACAGAGUGUAUGUGACACAGACAGGCAUGAGCUUUGCUCUAAAAGAUAGGAAAUGUGGUCCAAUUGGCAAAAGGUAAAUAUUGCUGCACACUAGGCUGGGUGAAUGUCUGAACCAGUACAGAGAGCAAGAUUAACCGAUCAUAGAAAUCACUCCCCCUUAAGAUAUCUUUAUAUCCCUGGUAGUUAUUGUGCCCCCCCUUUACCUGCUUUAGUAAGGAGCAAUGUUUCUGAUUGUACAGCUAGCCUUGUAAUGUGAAUGUAGCAGUCUGAGAAAACACGUUAUGAUUCAUAUUGCUUAUGUUUCAGAAGGGGCAAACAUUCGAAUGUGGUCUGGUGAUGUGAGUCAUAAAUCGCGCAGAGGGAUUCUGAGGAGAGCCGUGUUCUCCGAGGAACAACGAAAGGAACUGGAGAAAACUUUCCGGAGACAAAAAUACAUCAGCAAGACAGACCGGAACAAACUGGCAGCUGAUCUCAGUCUUAAGGAAUCGCAGGUAAUUUGAGCAUGAACGGCCAAAUCUUUUACUGUCUUAUCUGAACACAUUGUGUGUUAAUAAGGUGCAUGGGUCAUCUCACAGCAUAUAGUGGCAAACCGUUAAGCCCUUUGCCUUCAUGAACAGCACAAAAAAAUCCUACAUAGAGACCAAGAGUGUAUUCAUAUAAUGUAGGGCUCCUAGUAGACACAAAUAAAUAUAGAAAGCAAGACUCUUUAAGUUGACAAACCUGCUAAGAUUAGGCAUAAAUAACGUUAACAUCCUUCACCAUUUUAGUCCAAAAUAUUUGAAUACUGAAAAUAUAGGCUGUAAAAAACAGAGACAGUCUCUGCGAUGUUAGCCGCUGAUUUGCGAUUAAGUACCAAAGAAGGCCAAAUGUUAUCAGGCACCAUGUUUGGAAUUCUGACAUGAUAAUACUUUGAGGCAAUUCCGAAACAGACAUUGAGCAGUCAUUAAAGAAAGCUUAACCUCCUGGUAAGCAGCUACAUUGCACCCACCUAUACUGCGAUCCGGUUAAGCAAGUAUACGCAUAACUCACUUUUCCCCAAGUGGAUGGUCCAGGAACUGCAGCUUUUUGCACAUCGUCUACUGGCUGCCAAGGUUCCGGCUUGAUUUGCAAUAAUCCAAACUAAAGAUAUGAUACAGAAGAAGAUGAUAGGAUUCUCAUCAGUUUUAUGGAUCAUCAAUAUUAUCACAUACUUUUCAGACAAUGAAGACUUCAGUGAUAACUUUGUGCCAAUGAUUGCUGAGAAACAUUGGAGUGAAUGUGGUGACUCUAGAAGACAGUCCCACAAUAUAUGAAAAUCCGUACCUGCUGUACUCCAAAUUUUAGGAACAAAAUAAUAAUAAUAGUAAUAAUAAUAAUAAUAAAUCAAUUCAUUUUAUUCAGUGGUUGUAGGACCAAAUGUGAAACUGCCGUCUCUACAUCUACCAUACAUCACAGGCAAGUCAAACAAUGGACUAUGGAAAUUGAAGCAAAAUUAGUCACUUUCCUUUCUCUUGUAUGUUUCAGGUCAAGAUCUGGUUCCAGAAUCGUCGAAUGAAAUGGAGGAACUGUAAAGAAAAAGAGGUUCAUAACACACGCUCCCCGAUGGAUGAGCUCAUGGCUCAAGGUCUGGCUCAGGAGGAGGAAGAACCAUCACAGAAUCACAAUGACGCAAGAACACAGAGAUCACCGUCACAGAAAAGUGCCAGGGACACAUGAGAGGCUGUAGUGACUGUAAAUUCCAGGAAUAACUUCUUUUUUAGAUCCAAAAAAUAAGAGAAUCUGUUAACAGCAACUGUUUUGUUAUGGUUGUAAGAGGUGUGGAUGUAAUAGGCUGUUUAUGAUGACUAACAAUGAUUUUAAUGUCACAAAGCAAUAUAAUCAUUUUGCUCUAUGACAUACUGUAUGUAACAGGGCUCGACUAAUGGCUUAAUGCUAUAAGCACAUCCCACUGGCUCAGUAAGCAUUUUCUUUGAAAUUACUCCUACAAGCCUUUCAUGGAAAAAUGUCUUUUCUUAGAAAAUGAUCCAUUCUUAGAAAGUGAUAGCAAUCAUUUAAAGGCACCACUGAGUCACUUCAUUGAAUAUUAACGAGCUUUUUUCUUACAUUAUACCUUGGUCAGUUUUACACUAUUGCUCUGAUCAACACUGAAAAGCAAAUUUGAGUCAUGCCUCACAUGAUAUAUUUUGUAAAUAUUUUUUUUAAGAUCUCCAAUGUCUAGAUCAACUGUAAAUAAAGCUCUUUUUUAAAGUCCAAA